AUGAAGGGCAAAAAGAUGGGCUGCAAGCGGCGCAAGCUUCUUUUGAAGCAGCAGGCCAACGGCAAACCCAAGCCCACUGCGCGCGCCUUUAUCCCCAACCGUCACUCAGACAAGCCACUCGCCGCCGCCGGCCCCUCGAGCGGCGCACACGCGUCCAAGCAGCAUCAGCAGCAGCAGUCGCAGUCGCAGACCAAGAAGCAAAAUAAAAAGGCAGAGGAACAGCGCCAGCGACAGCUGCAGCGCAACUUGGACAACCCCACCAUUCCGUUUGAUCCCGAGGACCGCAUCCUGCUGGUGGGCGAGGGCGACUUGAGCUUUGCGGCGUCGCUGGUGCGGCACCACCGCUGCCGAAACGUUACGGCGACGGUGCUGGAUAAGAAUCGCGCGGAGCUCGUGGCCAAGUACCCAUCGGCAGAAGCCAACAUUGCCGUCUUUCACGGCGAGAAGCCGCCGCCGCCGCCGCCCGACGAGACAAACGACAAGGACAAGGAUGCCGCCGCCGCCGCCGAUGGGAAAUCACAUCACCAGAAAGACGAUGACGACGAUGACGAUGACGACGAUGACGAGGAGGAGGAGGAGGUGGUGGAGGCACCGCCGAGUAGCGCUGUACCUGACGCAAUCGACAAUGCCAGCGACCUCGACAGCGACGACGACGACACCCACAACACCCGCCGCCUACCCACCACCAACAAGCUCCUCUACAACGUCGACGCCACCAAGCUUCCUCCAUCUCUCACCAGCCGCAGCGCCCCGCGCUUCGACCGCAUCCUCUUCAACUUUCCCCACGUCGGCGGCAAAUCCACCGACGUCAACCGGCAAGUCCGGUACAACCAAGAGCUCCUCGUCGGCUUUUUCCGGGCCAUUCUCGCCGGCCCAACUCUCGCGCCCGGCGGCAGCGUCGUCGUCACCGUCUUUGAGGGCGAGCCCUACACGCUGUGGAACGUGCGCGACCUCGCGCGGCACGUUGGUCUGCAGGCCGACGCCAGCUUUAAAUUCCACGCGGCCGCGUAUCCGGGCUACAAGCACGCGCGCACGCUGGGCGUGGUUAGGAGUAAAAAAAGUGGUGGUGGUGGUGGUGGUGCUGGUGGUGCGUGGCGUGGAGAGGAGAGAGAGGCGAGGAGCUUUGUGUUUGUACGCAAGGGAGACGUGUUGAGGAAGCCGAGGGCGCAAGAGCAGCAGCAACAGCAGCAAAAGAGCAAGAAGAAGCGCAAGAGGAGUGGUGAUGACGACGAGGACGAAGACGGGGAAGAGUCGAGCGAGGAUGACUUUAGCGAUUGA